AUGAGUUCCCCUAGUUCCUCGUCCAUCGCAAAUUAUUACUAUCGAGAGUUUUUAGCGGAUGAUGGUGAAUCCACCGAUGAGGAGGUCGAGCAAGAGGCGGUUACGAGUGCUUGUCAACUAGCGGUGCGGUAUGCGAAACAUUGUAGCCGGCCCGAACAUGAAGUGAAAACAAGAGAUUAUAUUGAACGAGACCGACGUGCGGCAAACGAUCGAUUGAAGAAAGAUUAUUUCGAUGACGCGCCAACAUUUCGAAACCCAGAAGUUUUUAGGCGUCGUUUCCGAAUGAGUACUAUAGAUUUGUACGGUGCGCGUUAUCUGAGAACACCCACAUGGGACGACCUUCAAAAGAUUUACGAGGUACAUUCUACUGAGCAUGGUUUGCCUGGUAUGAUCGGGAGCUUGGAUUGCAUGCAUUGGCGUUGGGAUAACAGCCCGACCGCAUGGCGAGGUCAACACACACGGGGUGACCAAAAGGGACCUACUGUUAUUCUUCAGGCGGUUGCCUCACAGGAUCUUUGGGUUUGGUCGGAUUACUUUGGCGUGGUCGGGUCAUGCAAUGAUAUAAAUGUUUUAGAGGACUGGAUUUCUGGCAGAGCUCCAAAAGCGUCUUUUUACGCAAACGAAAACUACUACCCAAUAAUGCCCCCUUGCUGA